GGCAGGCGGGGAGCGCGCCCGGCGUCCGAGCCGCGGGCCGGGCCCUGAACACCGCGCGGGCCCCGCGCCUUCGCCGCGCGCCAUGGCGGAGACCAAGAUCAUCUACCACAUGGACGAAGAGGAGACGCCGUACCUGGUCAAGCUGCCGGUGGCCCCCGAGCGCGUCACGCUGGCGGACUUCAAGAACGUGCUCAGCAACCGGCCCGUGCACGCCUACAAAUUCUUCUUCAAGUCCAUGGACCAGGACUUCGGGGUGGUGAAGGAAGAGAUCUUUGAUGACAACGCCAAGCUGCCCUGCUUCAAUGGCCGAGUGGUCUCCUGGCUGGUCCUGGCCGAGGGUGCUCACUCAGACGCCGGGUCCCAGGGCACCGACAGCCACACUGACCUGCCCCCGGCCCUCGAGCGGACAGGUGGCAUCGGGGACUCCCGGCCGCCUUCCUUCCACCCAAAUGUGGCCGGCAGCCGCGAUGGGAUGGACCACGAGACCGGCUCAGAGUCCGUGGUCAGUCGCCGGCGGGAGCGAGCCCGGCGCCGGAACCGUGAGGAGGCCACGCGCACCAAUGGGCACCCAAGGGGCGACCGGCGGCGGGACCUGGGGCUGCCCUCGGACAGUGCAUCUGCUGUGCUGAGCAGCGAACUGGAGUCCAGCAGCUUCGUGGACUCAGAGGACGACAGCACGAGCCGGCUGAGCAGUUCCACAGAGCAGAGCACCUCCUCUCGGCUUAUCCGGAAGCACAAGCGCCGGCGCAGGAAGCAGCGCCUGCGGCAGACAGACCGGGCCUCCUCCUUCAGCAGCAUCACUGACUCCACAAUGUCGCUGAACAUCAUCACCGUCACACUCAACAUGGAGAGGCACCACUUCCUGGGCAUCAGCAUCGUGGGCCAGAGCAAUGACCGGGGUGACGGUGGCAUCUACAUCGGUUCCAUCAUGAAGGGCGGGGCAGUGGCCGCCGACGGCCGCAUCGAGCCGGGCGACAUGCUGCUGCAGGUGAACGAUGUGAACUUUGAGAACAUGAGCAACGACGACGCUGUGCGGGUGCUCCGGGAGAUCGUGUCCCAAACAGGGCCCAUCAGCCUCACAGUGGCCAAGUGCUGGGACCCAACCCCCCGGAGCUACUUCACUAUCCCGAGGGCUGACCCUGUGCGGCCCAUCGACCCAGCCGCCUGGCUGUCCCACACGGCAGCGCUGACCGGCGCCCUGCCCCGCUACGGUACGAGCCCCUGCUCCAGCGCCGUCACGCGCUCCAGCUCCUCCUCACUAACCAGCUCAGUGCCUGGCGCUCCACAGCUGGAAGAAGCACCUCUGACAGUGAAGAGCGACAUGAGCGCCAUUGCCCGGGUCAUGCAGCUGCCAGACUCGGGAUUGGAGAUCCGUGACCGCAUGUGGCUCAAGAUUACCAUUGCCAAUGCUGUUAUCGGGGCGGAUGUGGUGGACUGGCUGUACACGCACGUAGAGGGCUUCCGGGAGCGGCGCGAAGCCAGGAAGUAUGCCGGCAGCAUGCUGAGGCGCGGCUUCCUGCGGCACACGGUGAACAAGAUCACCUUCUCCGAGCAGUGCUACUAUGUGUUCGGGGACCUGUGCAGUGAUCUCGCAGCCCUGAAUCUCCACAGUGGCUCCAGCGGAGCCUCGGAUCAGGACACCCUGGCCCCACUGCCCCACCCAGCCACAGCCUGGCCCCUAGGCCAGGGCUACCCCUACCAGUACCCUGGGCCCCCACCCUGCUUCCCGCCUGCCUACCAGGACCCCAGCUUCAGCUAUGGCAGUGGCAGCGCUGGGAGCCAGCAGAGUGAAGGGAGCAAAAGCAGUGGGUCCACCCGGAGCAGCCGCCGGGCCCCAGGCCGGGAGAAGGAGCACCGGGCGGCUGGAGCUGGGGGCAGCGGCAGUGAGUCGGACCCUGCGGCGCCCAGCGGGGUGGGCAGCGCCGGCUGGUGGGAGCGCCCUGUAAGCCAGCUCAGCCAGGGCAGCAGCCCGCGUAGCCAGGCCUCGGCUGUUGCUCCAGGGCUCCCCCCACUGCACCCCCUGACAAAGGCCUACACAGUGGUGGGUGGGCCCCCGGGGGGACCUCCUGUCCGGGAGCUGGCUGCUAUACCCCCAGAGCUGACUGGCAGCCGCCAGUCCUUCCAGAAGGCCAUGGGAAACCCCUGCGAGUUCUUUGUGGACAUCAUGUAACUGGUGGGCAGUGCCUUCAGCCCCGUCCAAGGCGGGGCUCCCAUCCUGCUGCACUGGGAGCUGCUGGGGUUGCCUUAGUGGUGGCCGGCUAGUGACAGGCCAGCCUGGGGCUCUGGGCCCGGCUGGCAGUGGGCAGAGGCUGGAGGCCAGGGGCUGAGGACAGCCACCUCCCGCCGGGUCCCUGGGCAGUGAGCAGCUGUGUCCCUGCUGAUCCUUGGGGGAAAUCAUUUCCUCAGGCAGGUCUGACCUUCCUUCCAGCAUGGGGCUCCAGGGCACCUGACCCCUCCUUUAGAGGCGACCUGUAUGGGCUCGGCGUUGCCCCUCACUCUCCUGGAGCCAUGCAGAGGCCUCACCUGAGCUGGCCUGAAGCCCCUCCUCACCCAGCACAUUGGCCCUGCCCGUGUCACCCAGGCCCCUCUGGUCACUCAGAGUGGGAUCUAACUUAUUUAUUUAUUGCUGCCCUGCCUACCAUGAGGGUGGUGGCUAGCUAGUUGUCCCCUCCCCACCCAGCUGGGGCAGUGUGCAUGUUCCCGCCCCGCUCUGGGACUCAGAGCAAGUGUGGGGAGUGCAGGCCAUGACAAAGUGUGGAGGGCAGGGAGCUGGGAGGGCCCUGCACCCUGCAGUGUCUCCCUGCAGGCCGAGGGCUCUGGGCAAGACGGCAGCCAGCCUGGCCUGGCCUCACUGUCGGGGCCCACCCUCCCGCCCUGCCGUCUUGGCUCGCCUGGCCUCCGAACAUCUGCGCUGUAGAUUCCGUGUCAAAAGUCCGAGCAUCUGGGUGGUUCAGUAGAGCUGCUCCUGUGUAAAUGCUAUUUUAAACACUAAAAAGCAUUUAAUUUUAUGAGGCUGGUGUUUGGCCCAUGUCCCUACUCUCUGUGGGGUGCUCGGGACUUGGGUGUGGGGGCUGCUCCAGCGCUGACCCGGUCUGACCAGCACCAUCCUGAGUGUGCGCUGCCUCCAGGCUCUGUCCCCAGUGCUAGCCAGCCGUUUUCUGUCCUUGGUCCUGGUUCCAGGGGUCCCGGUGGUGGGUGCUGGCCAUGGUGCUGACGCCCACCUCCGCCCGUGCUCUGUCCGAAGUACUGGUGGCAGGCAGGGCAACCCCCUCCCACCCGGGCUUACCCUGAACCAGGCCGGGUGCCGCCCCUCCCCUCCUGGGUGGGCUCCUGCCCUGCUGCCUGCUCUGGGCCUACCCCAGGCACAGCAAGGCGAGUGGUGGGCAAUUUGGCCUGCCUUUGUCUCCCCAGGGCUUUCCUGAGCUGAGGAAAUGGUUCUGGGCCCCAAGGAACUUCUGGGAGCCCCUUUGGGGCAGUGGAACAGGCCCCGAGGGCCCCUCUCACACACUGCAGGCCUGGGGUCACAGGUCAAGGUCAGCUUGGAGUCAGAAUCUGUUGUGCUUUUUUUCCGGUACUGGGGCUCGAACUCAGGACCUUGCGCCUGUGAGGCAAAUGCAGAUGCCACUGAGCUAAAUCCCCGGCCCUUGGGGCCAGAAUCUAUAAUAGGAGGGUACUAGUCUAGUGGUUGGGUUGAGGGGUCCUACAGGGGCUGAGUUCACUCAGGUUGAGGUCCUGGGGUCAGGGGUCACUCAGGGCCUCCCUGAGCCCUGUCCCUGCCUGCGCUGCCAACCCCACCUGUGGUGUCCCUAGCGCCCUGGCCUAGAAAGAACUUGGGGGUGUUGAGCUCUGGCCACCACAGCAGCAGGUAGCACUUGGGCAGGUGAAAGAUGGCCAGUAUGCCCAGGGCACAGAGGAGGAUGGCACCCAUCUGCACAGCAGGCUGGUACAACACCUGCACGUUGGUCAGGAGGGGCACGAAGGAGACCCAGGUGACAAAGUAGGCCAGCAUGGCGAAGGUGAGGCCACGGGCGCGGUUGUAGUGGCCAGGCUGGCUCUGCACCAGAAAGGUGCCCAGGAAGCAGAGGAAGGCCAGUGUGGCAUUGGUGACAUGCACCAGGCCCAGGCCCACCCAGGAGUGCAUGUGGCAGUGCACCAGCACCUCCCUGGGCAGCACCCUCCAGUCCAUCACCACCUGGGAUGGGAAGACUGUGAGGGACCAGCCACAGAGUGCCCCCUCUACCAGGGUCAGCAGCAGCACCAGCAGCCAGGCCCAGGGCCCCUGCAGGCGCCCACGCAGCCAGGCUCCCCAGGCAAGCGGCAGUUCCGACUCUACAAAGGUCUCGGCUGCCUGCAGGAACAGUGUACUCAGGCAGCCUGUGAGAGGGAGGUGGGCCACAGGCUGCUGGGCCAGGCAGCUGGUGGACCCCGGCCAGCCAGGGAACAGGAGGACACUGAGGCAGACAAGGCCCAGGCAGGCCAGGCCAAAGCAGGCCAGUGGCCCCCCUGAGGCCUGGACCAGUGGGCUGUCCCUGUGGUGGAUGAACAGCCCCAGGGCUGCCAGCACCAGGCCCAGCACCAGGCCCAGCAGCAAGAGCAGCAGCAGGACGGCUGGAUCUCCCCAUUCCAGGAACCUAGGCCUGCGGGGAAAGCAGCGAGUGCUCCGCUCUGGGGACCACUGGUCCUGGUCACAUUGGGUACAGGUGAGGUCAUCUGCAGGAGGCAGGAGAGAAGGAGAGAAGGGGCUCUGUGGGCUGGUGCAGGGUACACUGGGGAGCCCUGCACCCCACCUUGGUUUCUGGCCUCCCCAUCAGCCUCACAGCCAGCAAUGGGGGGCUCUGAUCCCAAACUGUAGACUGGCUGAGUAGAUGACUCACCUGGGUUCUGCCGGUAGCUGCCUGCUUUGCAGUCCACACAGUCGUAGCAGCAGGAAUGGAAGCCCUUCACCCGGCGCACCUGGCCCUCACGGCACUCCUGGGAGCACUGAGAUACUGGAGCCUGGCAGGGGACCUCAUGCUGGGCUCAUAGGGCUGGGUCCCCAGCCCAGAGACAUUCCAAGCCCCUGGGUCGUGGCUGGCCCUGGGGCUUCUCUGUGGCUGGGACCACGUGCCCUGUGCUUACCUGGUUGGUUGGUGUGUGCCAGCGCAUAUGUGUGAGCUGCAGCUGGAGGCUGCCAUUGAAGGUCCCCACGGUGUGCAACUUGGGUGUCAGGCUCUGCCACACCCACAUUUUCAGGUCAUAUUCCAUAUCCACGUUUCCAGUGUCAUCGAACUGCAGCUCCAGGCCUCGAAUGCUGAAGCUCAUGUUGUACAUGCUAUCCAGGAGCUGGGGGUGGGGUGGGGACGAGACUGCCCUAACCAACCGACCACCAAGACCAGCCUGGGCACCAUGAUCUGCAGCCCCCACCCCAUGCUCACCUGCCAGGGCCUCACGGGCUCCUGUGUGGGGCAGCUGCAGGGGCUGCACUGCAGGGUGUGGUGGAGGGCCUGGGCCACAGUGUACACGGCUGCGUAGGUGGCAAAGAUCUGGUGGUGCAGCUGGCCCGCUGACAGGUUCUGCACCAGCCCUGCUGACAGGUUCUGCAACGUGAUUUGAUCACACUGUGGGCAGCGUGGUCCCACCACGUCCUCCUCCAGGUCCCGCUCAGCAGCCAGUGAGGCACAGAAGGCUGGGUCAGCGGCCAAGGCCAGGUGGGUCUUCACGUAGUGGAAGAACUCAGGCAGCAGGGCGCCUCUCUGCACAAACCCAAGAAUGGUGCCCACCUGAUGGAUGCCAGGCAGCGUCAUGACCAGAUCUGAGGUCAGCCAGGCCUCACUGCCCACCCACACCUUGGGCGUGAGGCUGUGGCUGAUGCUGUACUGGAACAGGGAGUGGACGGCACGAGCCGAGGCGAACACCACCACCACCUGCACCUGGCUCUGGUUCACCUGCUGCAGCACGUCCUGCACCUUGCCCAGCCGCAGGCUGUCGGCUUGGGGCAGCAGCACAAGGCUCUCGUGUGCAACGCAGAUGUUCCGGGCAUGGGCCAGGUUUGAGAAGGUGCUCAGACCCUCUCUCCCGUACUCAUCAUCGCUACCCAGGGCUGCCACCCAGUUCCAGCCAAAGUACUGCAGCAGUGUCACCAUGGCUUCCAGCUGGACGCGGUCGCUGGGCACCGUGCGGAAGAAGGAAGGAAACGUCUCCCGGUUGCUCAGCCUGUCCAUGCUGGCGCCGUAGCUGACCUGCAGCGGCCCAGAGGCACCUCCUGAUGGGGGGCUCAUGCAGGCAGGGCUGGCAGGGGGACACAAGGAAUGGUGGGCCCACCUGUGGCAUGAGGAAGAAGCCAAAGAACUUGCCCGUGAUGAGGGCGAGCUCCGAGGAGUGGGGGCCAAUGACAGCCAGCACUCGGGGCUGGUACUGUGUGUAGUUGCAGUAGGCGGCAAUGUUGCGGCUGUCCACCUUGGCCAGGAACAUGAGACUGGGCUUCAUGGUGACCACAGGCUCCGAGCACGUGUCAAAGAGGUCAUAGCCCAGCUGCAGCCCAGGCAGCAGGGUGGAACUGUUGUUGAUUUCCUCCACGGCCAUCUUCAAAGCCAUCACCAAGAACAGGCCAACAGUCGAGAGCCUGAGGCCACACAGGGCCAUGGGGGCUGCUAUUUCAUCCCAGGCUCGGGAGCACCCAGCCCACCCACCUCUCCUGCCCCGGCUGCCCACCUCCGUACCUGGAGCACGUGCUGCUGUCGGGCUGUGUCCUGUGGUGCAGUUGAGUCUCCUCAGCCAAGCCCAGGGGGAAGAGCCCUCCCAGUACGUAGUCCCCUUGCAUCCUGAAUUGCCUCGACAGGCACAACAGGGCCCCUGUUCCAAGGCCCAGGAGAGCCAUUAGGCUGAGGCCCAGGACCGCCAGCCCUGGCAUGGCAGGUGGCAACUUCCAGCACGGAGAGCAAGAAAGUACGCCGAGCAGGAGCCCCAGAUAUGUAGUGAGUCCACAGGAAGAGGCAGAGGAUUUGUUUAGCAAAACCAGUGCCUUGCUCACCUGUCAAACCCCCAGGGGCCCCGACUACGUCCUCAGCAUCCUGAGCCCUAAAGGUUCAGGCACGUAGGACUUUUGCUUUUGAAUACUAGGGACUGAACCCAGGGUCUUUGCACUGAGCUACAUAUAUCCCCAGCCCUUUUUAUUUUGUGACAGGGUCUCACUUUUUCCCAGGCUGGUCUCUGAACUUGUGACCCUUCUGCUUCAACCUCUCAAAUACUGGGACUGCUGGUGGGUGCCACUGUGCCCUACUUGUCAGACUCUUGUCCUGAUCUCCCCACAAGGCUCCGAGUGGCUCCUGCCUGUGCCAAGCCCCAUGGCAGCCCCUUUCCUGGAGUAGACGGCAUUCUGUGGGCAUCCAGGACCCUAAGAGCUCAGCUGUGUUCAGGGAUGAGGAGGUGCCAAGGCCUGUGGGGCUUUUCCUGGACACAAAUACCUGGGAGGUUUCUGGCUCCCAAUCCUUCAAGUCCACAGUUGGAGGACUACAGGUGACCCUUCCAGGCUGUCUCGAGCAGUGUGGACCUGCCAAGGGUCCUACCGUAGCUGUUCCACUGCCAGGGUGCCAACUCCCAGAAGCUACAGAAACCUUGUGGCUGGCUGUGCUCACUCUGGCCCUGGCACAGGCCAUGCCCUGGCUAUGGUGCAGGUGCUGCUGGGUCAGCUUGCAGCUGGACCCAAAGGAGGGGCCCAUGCAAAUGAGGGAGGAAGGGCUGUAAUCAAAUGGGCUCCAGCUGCCAGCACCAGGUGUGUGCCUUGGUGGUGGGAGCGGGGACAGUGGCUGCUCCCUGCUGGGUUCUGGUUCUGGGAGAGACUUUGUGGACACAGCAGGGGACUACACAGACAGAAGUGGUGGAGGCUUUUGGCUCUGCUAGGUGGGGUGGGGACCCUGGGCAGUCUACAGCUGGGGCCCAUUGGAUAUUCAUCUCCUCCCCGCUGUCCUGAGGGCCCCAUACGGUGCACACGCCACAAACUCAUGGACAGCAUAUCCUGAGCUGCACCUGCAUCCUCGCUCCCUGGCCCAUGUGGACUCAGCUGUUUACUUAGCCACUCCCUCAUUGCCAGCCCCAUGUGGAUGCUGGCUUCUGGUGGGUGGGCAGAGCCUUAGGCCAGGGUGGAGGACCAAGACGACCCACCUGUGUGCAGCCUCUGCCUGUCCAGCUACUGUUGCGGCCUCCUGGGCCUCUCCUGCAGUGUGUGGCUGGCCUCGGACCUGCCCUUUUGACCCAGGUCCCCAGGAGUGACCCUGGGCAAGUCUGUUUAAUCACCUGAAAAGUAGGGGGCGUGACCAAGCUAAUGUUCUCCAGGAAUGGGAAUAAAGCACCACCUCCUAACCC